CUGGUCUACAAUUCCCAGUUGGACGUGGACACCGACUGCUACACCGUGGUAACUACGCGGAACGCGUUGUUGCUGGUGCUCCAGUCUACUUGGCUGCUGUGA